CGUCCCGUUGGUCUUGGGGUCCAAAUGGAAGACGACAAGUGUGAACUGGAAGUUGCGCAGAGAGAUCCAAGCAAGCCACUGCAAGCCUCCUGCGCUGCCAUGAUUGUCGCAUCUCAUCACUCGUGUUGUGCCGCUGGUUCUGAUUGAAAUAGAGGCUGCGCCUGUCGGACUUUUUUGGCCCUCUCUGUCCGACCGCAACCAUGUAUCAUUUGGCCAAGUCGCUGUAUAUGCAAGCGACUAGUAAAGAGGAAUACUCCGCGCUACUACUAGGUCUUGACAACGCCGGCAAAACAACCCUCCUAUCCCAGAUUAAGAACAUCUACCAACCCCGUUCCGAUGGCGUCCCUGCCCCCAACCCCGGGAAAACCGUGCCCACGGUCGGGCAAAACGUGGCCACGAUCAAUCUCCCAGACAUGUAUCUCAAGAUAUGGGAUGUCGGAGGUCAAAUAACCAUGAGAAACCUGUGGCAAAGCUAUUACACCAGCUGUCACGCGAUCAUCUUCGUCGUCGACAGUACCGACGUCGGUCAAGAUCCGGAUAUCACCCGUCUUCCCUCCACCACUCGAUCGAGUUCCCCGUCGGAUGCGUCAGACGGUGACGCAGAUGCCUUUACAGAGCGGAUGGUCGGGAUCGAUGCCCCUGGGAGCGACUUCGGGCGGUUAGACGAAUGCCGGCAGGUGUUGGAAUCUGUUUUGAAGCAUGCCGAUGUCGCGGGGGUGCCUAUUCUAGUCCUGGCCAAUAAACAAGAUCGGGAGGACUCGGUGGAGGUGGUUCGCAUUAAGGAAGGGCUGGUGCGCAAGGUCUUCGAGGGGGAGACGGGCGUCGGCGUCCGCGACAGUCGCGUGCUACCGAUCAGUGCACUCAUGGCAACAGGGGUUCAGGAAGCCGUCGAAUGGGUCCGAAGUCGAGUCAAAUGGAACAAAGAAGGCAGGCCUCCGAUUAUGAAAUGAUGGCCUCGCUGGUCCCUUGCGGUGUGAUACUCUACCGUCGCGAACCGAACCCUUGACGGGUUACCAUAUGGUCGUUUGAUCAAGAUACCCAGGAUUUGGCCAGGGGAUCAGCGACCGUCCUAAUUUUAUGGAGUCUUUCUACAUUUUGAGAUGUUAAGGCGCUUGGGGGUUCUGUGUCAUCUGCGAAGAUAC